AGCAUAGGAGACCUCACUGCCUCCACAGUGACACACUUCUUCCAAGAAGGCCACACCUACUCUAACAAGGCCAUAUCUCCUAAUAGUGUCACUCCCUAGGAGUCAGGCAUUCACACACGUGAAUCUAUUGGGCCAUAAUUAUUCACAUCACCACAGCCGUUCAGGUUUGGUACAGAGAUGAGUUGCUAUCAGUCAGAGAAGUCUUAUAUGCUAGUCUAUAGUUUGGAUGUUUCUAGGAAAUAAUAAUUUGGGGGGGGGGCUAUAGUCUAAAACAGGUCAGUAGAAUGGCCAGCUUUAUUUAGAGUAAGCAACCAAAGGGCUUCAUUUCUACUUCUUUAUUUAAAUUGGCAUAGAGAGUAAAAAAAAUAUCACAUAUGUAUUGUGUAGGAUCCCAGUUUGGACAUCAUGAGGAGUGCAAAAAGUAAUGUAUUGGACUUUAAAGAGCUUGCAGUCCUGGUGGGACACACAGCUAACUAGCAUGUGUCAGAGAGUAAACAUAAUGUGAUGAUGUACCUACUCUGUGUGACAACUUUUGCAUCUACUGUUGCAUUUGUUGGCAUUUGCUUUUUGCCUUUUUUACAAGGGACUGCAACCUAUGUUGGCCUUGAACUCAUAAUCCUCCUGCCUCUGUUUCCCAAGAGACUGGCACUGUAGACAUGUGCUACAUGAUGUAUUUUGCUUACUCAUUCUAAGCUUAAGUAAGUUUAGGACUGUGUUUGUUUAGUUGGCCUGCUUUAAUUUAGUAUACAGACCCAGUGACCUACACAUAGAAAUGUAUUUUCUCAAAGUUAUAGAAGCUGGAAAUAGGAGAUAAAAGUGGUGUUGGUAGGCUAGGACUCUUCCUGUGCUUCUUCCCUUGGCUUGUAGAUAGCUUCCUCGUGUGUCCUCAUAGAAUCUUCCCUUCAAGUUUGUCUCUGAUCUAAUUCUUUGUUCAGAGACAUCACUUUCUUUUUUUUUAAUUAAGGCACAUUCUAACUUAAUUAGCUGUGUCUUAAAGACCUCAGCUCCAAAUAGGAUUCCUUUUUAAGGUACAGAAGUUAGGACUUCAACAAACAAGCUAGGAUGUUGGCUGGGAGUGUUUAGCCCUAAAGGAUUAGAAUUUGAGCUGUGCUGCAAAAGGGGUUUUGGCAAAAUCUGGAUGGUUCAGGUUGAGUAGUGGAGGAGGUCCGAUGGGCGGGUUGUGUCUCAGGAACAGAAAAGGAAAAAGCCACAAUAGGGAACUAAAGAAUUUUAAGAGUAGUUUGAAUACAAGAGUCUAAGAGGCUUAAAGCUUUUUUUUUUUAAAAUAGGUUUUGUAUUUAGCCUGUUCUGUGUUAACUAAGAUAGUCAGGACUAUAACUUUAAUCAGUAUUACAUCAAGGUGGUUCCUGAGUUCCCUUUGCACUGCUGGGAACUACACCAGCUAUUACACCUCUGUCUCCAUGAAGACAUUUAACACAUUGAAAUUGACUUUUGGGGUUUCCUUAUCUCUAGACAACAGGGCUUUGUCUGUUCUGAGUAUCCCUGUGUAAAGAAUGUAAUUAACACCCCUCAGAUGUAUGUAACCAUGCCGUGCACUUGUAGAGGGCCAGUGAGCAAGCUGCAUCUAUGGAAGAGAGUAUGUGCUGGGACACUAAUGGAAGCCUUCCUCGGGGAAUCCAGCAUAUAAAAGAGAAACAUGAAAGGCAGGACAAGAGCAAGCAGCAUGCAGAAAUAAGCCAGAACAGAAACUGACUGGUUCAAAAGGAGAUUCAUUAUAAAAAAUGAAAAUUAAAAAAUGCAUGAUCACUCUUGAGGUUUGAGGAAAAGCUUAAACAAAAACAAAACAAAAAAACCUUGAGCUAGGAAUGACAACCAAACCAUGAACGAGUCAGGCACUAGAGCAUUGAGCUCUCAGACCACACUGAGAUCAGUCACUUGGCUCCACUCAACUAUUGCCUUUGUCUUCUUAUGAACCAUAGUCUAGGGAAAAAGUUUCUAGUUGGUCUGGGUUUAUGGUACAACUAUCAGGUUGUACUUGCUAGGCAAGAAUAUUCUUCCAGACCAAUGCAGACAGUCUCUGCAGAAGAAGCAAUGCCUGCUGAGUGGCCAGAACAGACCAACGGAGGCUGCUUGUAUGUAGCAUAGCUAAGAGUCUCAACUAUGUUACAGUGGAGUCAUUCUCCUGGCUGAGGCUGACAAUCUGCCCUUGAACCAAAUUUGAACUAGAGAGAGGGAGGCUGAAAUGUGUUGAAAUGGAGUCCAGUAACCUGACACCAUGAAGUAUUCCCCUAAGCCUGUCUGGCUUUGAAACCAGAGGCACUGUAGAUAAUUUCAGGAUGUCUGCAAUGUUACCAGUCACAGGAAUGUGAGGUGCAGGAAAACAGGAAGCCAGCCAACGAGUUCACCUCCCAUCAUCAGCACCUCUUUUGAUGCAAAGUGUACAGCGGGCUCACAAACACUCGGGAGAGGAAGAGAGAAGAAACAUGUGUGCUUGCCAGAUAAACUGCAGGAUGGAGGAACUACUGCAUUACAUCAAUCCAGCACAUGCCAUCUCCCUACUCAGUGCCCUCAAUGAGGAGCGCCUCAAGGGACAACUGUGUGACGUGCUCCUGAUUGUUGGAGACCAGAAGUUCCGAGCUCAUAAGAACGUCUUGGCUGCCAGCAGUGAGUACUUCCAGAGUUUAUUCACGAAUAAGGAGAACGAGGCACAGACUGUCUUUCAGCUGGACUUCUGUGAGCCUGAUGCUUUUGACAACGUUCUGAACUACAUUUACUCUUCUUCCCUUUUUGUGGAGAAGGGCAGCCUUGCUGCUGUGCAGGAGCUGGGGUAUAGCCUUGGUAUCUCCUUCCUGACCAACAUCGUUGCCAAAGCCCCUCAGGCUCCUUUUCCAGCCUGUCCCAACAGGAAAAGAGUGCCAGUGGAAGAUGAUGAAACCAGCUCUCAAAAGCGAAGUGUCAUUGUGUGUCAGGGCAGAAGCGAAGUGCCAGGGAAAGCCAGUGGUCCAGCCAUGCAGGACCUCAGCCAUGCUGCCCGGGCCUCCCCUAGUGGUUCAGUCAAGACCAGCACCAGUAAGCCACAUGUGGCAAAGCCGCCAGAGCAGCUUCAUAGUCUGUCCUUAACUGAAAAGAGCUGGACAAAGGAUAGUGCUGCAGUAUAUGCAAAGUCUCUGGAACAGCCUGGGGCUUUGGAUGAUCCUAAUAGGGGCAGUUUGGUAAAGAGAAAUACAGUCCUGCCUCCAAAGCCUUCACAGGACAGGGAGGCCACAGAUGAUAAACCAGGGGUGAGCAGCCAGCUUCCCAAGGGGAAAGCUAUAGAGCUGGCUCUGAAGAGACCACGGCCCCCUGUUCUGUCUCUUCAUAGCUCAUCAGAGACUCCAUAUCUCUUAAAAGAAACUAGCAAAGGAGGCGGUCAGGGGGAGGACAGGAACUUGCUCUACUACUCUAAGCUAGGACUGGUGGUCCCAUCUGGUGGACCUGCUUCUGCAAACCAGAGCAUUGACAGAAGUGGCCCACUAGUGAAGAGCCUCCUGAGGCGGUCACUAUCUAUGGACAGCCAGGUUCCUGUUUACUCCCCCUCCAUAGAUUUGAAGUCAUCCCAGGGACCAUCCACAGCGGCAAGUGAGGCACCGGGCAGUGUGUUCUGUGCGAUGUCUCAACAGUCAUCUUUAAAAGAUUGCAGUGAAAAAAAAGCCCUGGAUGACAGGCCUCAAAUGCUCCAGCCUCAUCGCCUCAGGUCCUUUAGUGCUUCUCAGUCGACAGACAGGGAGGAGGCCUCCCCUGUGACUGAGGUACGUAUUAAGACUGAGCCCAGCAGCCCACUGUCAGACCCCUCAGACAUCAUUCGGGUCACUGUGGGAGGAGACGCAGCAGCAGCAGCAGCUGUAAGAGACCUGCCCCUCAAAACAGAGGAAGACCAGAGAGAUAUGAGCAGACUCCCAGCAAAGAGAAGGUUCCAGACGGACAGAAGGUCACCCUUGAAGAAGGCAAAGGCAAAUGAACACGGGCCUGCUGUCUCAGAAGAAAACUGUGAAGAGGGCAGGAGCCCUCCUUCCCUUGACAGCAACUUCCCAGAUUCUGACUUAAACAGAGAGGAGUUUGGUGAGUUGGAGGGGACGAGACCAAACAAAAAAUUUAAAUGCAAACAUUGCCUUAAGAUUUUUAGAUCAACCGCGGGUCUUCACCGCCAUGUUAACAUGUACCAUAACCCAGAGAAGCCUUAUGCUUGUGACAUCUGUCACAAGAGGUUUCAUACCAACUUCAAAGUGUGGACACACUGUCAGACCCAACACGGCAUAGUGAAGAACCCAUCGCCAGCCUCUAGUUCCCAUGCAGUUUUGGAUGAGAAAUUCCAAAGAAAGCUGAUUGACAUAGUGAGAGAGAGGGAGAUUAAGAAGGCCCUGAUCAUUAAGCUGAGGCGCAGCAAGCCUGGCUUCCAGGGACAGAGUAGCUCCCCAGCACAGCAAGUCAUCAAGAGGAACUUGCGCUCCCGAGCCAAAGGGGCCUACAUUUGUGCCUACUGUGGCAAAGCAUACCGUUUUCUCUCUCAGUUUAAGCAGCACAUAAAGAUGCACCCGGGAGAGAGGCCCCUCGGAGUAAGCAGAGCUGCUAAGCCAAAAGAGCGGGCUCUGGCAAGCGCGGUAGAGAGCAAGGAGGUUUACCCGUGCCGCCUCUGUAAUGCUAAGCUCUCUUCUCUUCUAGAGCAAGGCAACCACGAGCGCUUGUGCCGGAACGCCACCGUUUGCCCUUACUGCAGCCUCAGGUUCUUCUCCCCCGCGCUGAAGCAGGAGCAUGAGGACAGGUGUGAGUUCAAAAAGCUGACGUGCCUGGAGUGCAUGCGCACCUUCAAGUCCUCCUUCAGCAUCUGGCGGCACCAGGUAGAAGUGCAUAACCAGAACAACAUGGCUUUAGCAGAAAACUUCGCCCUGGCCACCCUGGACCACAACGGUGAAGUGGCAGCUGCUUGCAGGCCUCAGACUGAGCCCAGCAAGGUAAACCAUGUGGCCACUCCAAAGGAGGAUACAGCAUUUAGCGACUCUUCAGAGCAAGUGAACUUCGAUUCUGAGGAUUCCUCCUGCCUCCCUGAAGACUUGAGUCUUUCAAAGCAACUGAAAGUCCAAGUCAAAGAGGAGCCUGUGGAGGAGGCUGAGGAGGAGGCUCCUGAGGCUAGUGCAGCUCCCAGGGAGUCUGGCCCCAGCAAGGAGGCCGGCCUAUGGCCCUGUGAGAAAUGCGGAAAGAUGUUCACGGCACACAAGCAGCUGGAGCGGCACCAGGAGCUGCUGUGUUCCGUGAAGCCCUUCAUCUGCCACGUAUGCCACAAAGCCUUCCGUACCAACUUCCGGCUCUGGAGUCACUUCCAGUCCCACAUGUCUCAGGCUACAGAGGAGCCUGUGCAGAAAGAGUCAGAGGUGUGUCCUGUGCCCACAAACUCCCCCUCCCCACCACCUCUCCCACCUCCACCACCCUUGCCCAAGAUUCAGCCCCUGGAGCCCGACAGCCCCACGGGCCUGCCUGAGAACCCAGCCCCAGCUACAGAGAAGCUGUUUGCACCCCAGGAGUCAGAUACCCUCUUCUACCACGCCCCACCCCUUUCAGCAAUCACAUUUAAAAGACAGUUCAUGUGUAAGCUCUGCCAUAGGACAUUCAAGACUGCCUUCAGUCUCUGGAGUCAUGAGCAGACACACAAUUAAAGGACCUACCCCUCUCACCUGUCACAAAGCAGCAGGCCCUUGGCUUGUGAACUGUAUCCUAAGACAGAAUAUUUGAAAAAAAUAAUAAUAAUAAAGGUUGGAAAUUGUUAUGUUUGAAUUUUAAGUUUGGGAUGAAUUAAUAUUGGCUAGCAAUGACCUCACAGCUUUCUGGACCUCAGCAGCAGGGGUUUGACUCUAUUACUGUUGAAGUUGGGGUAAUGUUGGUGAUUGAGGCUUUUGGUUUCUGGGUAGUGGGAUGCUCAGGAAGUUGUUUGUUUGUUUGUUUUUUGAUUAUUGCAGACACCUAAGUUUAGCCAUGUUUCUAAGGCCAAAAACAUACAAGGAAGAAGGGGAGUCAUUUGCAGUAUUGAGUCAGAUUUUAGAAUACUUUAGCAAUAAGAAAAGACAAGCCCCAAGUUCAGUAAAUUAUCCUGAUACUUGAUAAGAAAAAUAUUUGGUAUUUUGUAGUCCUAUGAAACUUUCUUUUUGUAUGAAAAUUGUGAGAAUUUGAAUCAGCAAUAGUUACACUUAGAUUUUUUUAAUAAAAGAACGAUCUGUCAAUCACUUCAUACAAUCAGUGAUGGUCACAUGCCAAGGGAGGCAGAGUAAUAGAAGCAUAUUUGUAGGGUGCUCUGCAGUCGGCUGCAACAGGUUAGUUGUGAAAGCUGCUGAACUCUGGUAUGUUUUCUGAUACGUUUUGCAUAGUAGCAUGGCUUCUGAUUGGCGCUUUAGAACUAACAGUGUUUGUUCUCUGUCAGCUUGAAACUCAGGUGUCAUUAAGAUAAGCAGUGCUAUCAUGAGGUUAGCAAAGCAUAGCCUUACCACAUCCUAAACCACCAUUCUCUCUCGAGGCUUCAGAGAUUGGAGGAGAUGCCAUGUUGCAGCUUCCAUGUGCUUUCCAAGAACUGAACACACAACAUACACAUUUUCUGCCUGUCUUUUGUGGGGACUUCUGUGGGAGUAUUGGAGUGGAUAGCAGUGAAAAUGUCACUACAUGAUAUGCAGAUGUGUACUAAAGCACUAGCAAGGGUCCAAAAUUAGUUUUUGCUACUUGAUUUGGUAUUUAGGGUUUGGGCUCCUCUUCUGUUUUUUCUUGUUUUGUUGUUUUUGUUUUUUGUUUUGUUUUGUUCCAUGUAGGUUGUAAUUAAACCUCUCCAUAGGCAGAAUCCCAAGUUCAGUGAAAUAUUUCAAAAGACAAAGGGAAGAUCACACCUGGAAAGGAAAUUAGGGGGACACAAACUCCCUAUUCACUUUUGCUGCAAGCUAUUUCUUCACAUUUUCAAGGUGUGCUCUAACAGAGACACUGACUCACCAGCAUUCUACACCUGUGAUAGCAAAGGCAACCUUUAUAUUGAAACUUUUUUUAAUAAAAUACUAAUUGACUUUGUACGUCAUAGAAGCUAUAUGUGGAAUUCUGCCUUUUAUCUUUUCACUUGAAAAAGCUAUCAGAAAUUCCUAAAUAUGUCUGCAUUUCCUAUUUUGUUUCUUAAAUUUAGCGAAGAAGGGAAAUAAAAUUAGGUUGCAGUUACUAAUUCCUGCCGUCUGCUUUCUUGAACUAUGCAUUUUAGAGAUAAACUAAAAGUGUCCAUCAUUUAAUGAAUGAAGUUAGUGCCAGGCUAGGUAGCUGUCCACUGAACUUAUUUCCUGUGGUGAGUGAAUAGUCUCUCCUCAGAGUGUUAUUCUUUUAAGACCAUCUCUCUGCAUGGUCAUAUCCUGUGUAGCUACAGAGUGAUAACCUCCAAACCUGGCAUUGCCAGCUCAGUGCCCCAAGACUUGAACCUAUGCUACAUUUUUGAAGAUUUAUAAAAUAACAUUGUUGCAAAAAAAAAAAAAAGAGAGAGAGAAAAGAAAAAAGUAUGUUUGAUUUAAAUACAGGUUCUGCAUAUCUGUUAGGUUUUACAAAUUACCAGUGUUUGUCACCUUUUUUGUCUAGGAAGAAAACAUAAGAUUUCAAAUAAAAUUUUGAACCAAAAACA